CAUGGCUUGGUUUGAGAAGCAGCCGGCUCGGGCAUUUGCCAGCUGGCUGGGCAUGCCCUUGCCAGCCCUUAGAGAACUUCUGGGAUUCUUCUCCACGAACAUACAUCUCACGGGAACAGAAUAGUGAUUCUCCUGAACUGACCCCCACCCCAACUGGUGGCAGCAGCAGAAGGACUAUUGGGUGAGGCAGCACUAGGUACCAUGAGGCAAGCCACGAAGAGGCGCUUGAGCCUCUCGGCCAACAUGAAAAUCGGGGACAUUUGCAAAGGUUGCCAGGACCCCGACAAGGAGGAAGUGUACAUCCCCUUUGCCCAGGAACAUCUGGUGAAGCGAUGGGGUUCGCUAACCAACUUAGCCGAUCAGAAGCAGGAGGGAAUCAACAUCCCACCCCGGCGGAACCGAUUUGUCCUCAACCUCAACGUUGGGGGGAAAUGUUUCCAGGUCGCCUGUAAGAUGGCUGCUAAGUACCCAAAGACAAGGAUUGGCCAGCUGGCCCUGUCCAAGGACCAUACGAAGAAAAUGGAACUUUGCGACGACUACUCGGUGCUGAAGAAUGAAUACUUCUUUGACCGUGACCCGCUCAUGUUCCACUACGUCUUCCACUUCUACCGUAGUGGGGUUAUGUGGGUCCUGGAAGAGUUCUGCCCAUCCAACUUCGUCGACGAGAUCGAGUACUGGGGCAUCCACAUCAAAUACACCCAGAGGUGCUGCCGCAUCCUCUUCGAGGAGAAACAGGACGAGCUGGCCGACUACCUCAAAAUCCAACGGGAGUUGGAAGCGGAGCUGGAGCCGCUGAGAAAGGGGGAGCACUUUGAUGGGAAAUGCAUGGGCAAGUUCCGCAAGGCAGUCUGGAACCUGAUCGAGAACCCGUACUCCUCCAUCCCUGCCAAGAUCAUUGCCGUCAUGUCCAGCGUAUUUGUCCUCAUCUCCAUCGUCGGGAUGACACUGAGCACUGUCGAGGAGAUGCAGCACAAGAGCAGCAAGAAUUACUUGGAGCAAACGGAGACCAUCUGUGCCAUCUUCUUCACCCUGGAGUACCUCAUGCGCCUCAUUUCCACCUCCAGCUUCCAGCAAUUCCUGCGGGCGGCGUUCAGCGCCAUUGACCUGGUGGCCAUCAUGCCCUUCUAUAUCCAGAUACUCUUUGAGAACCUGGGCGAGGGGGACACGGAGUACCACGAGGAGCUGCACAAGAUGCGCAGCGUGGGCAAGCUGGGGAAGGUGCUCAAGCUGAUCAAGCUGAUGCGCAUCUUUCGCAUCCUCAAGCUGGCCCGCCACUCCACGGGCCUGAGGGCCUUCGGCUUCACCAUCCGGCAGUGCUACCAGCAGGUCUGCUGCCUCUUCCUCUUCAUUGCCAUGGGCGUCUUCACCUUCUCUGCCCUGAUGCAUUCGGUGGAACACGAUGUCCCAGGCACGGACUUCACCAGCAUCCCUGUGACCUGGUGGUGGGCUGCGGUCAGCCUCUCCACCGUGGGCUACGGGGACACUGUGCCGGACACUGUGCUGGGCAGGAUGGUGGCCUUUGCGUGCAUCUCUUUUGGCAUCAUCCUCAAUGGGAUGCCCAUCUCCAUCCUCUACAACAAGUUCUCUGACUAUUACGCCAAGCUCAAGUCCCACGAGUCUGAGGCCACCAAGUCGCUCAAGCUGACUCGGAAGCUCCGCCUGAAGGAAAGAGCUUGGCAGAAGUUCCUGGUGAGUUGCUGCCCAGAGGACUACCUCUCCUGCCCGCCGGCAGCAGGUCACCCCAGCGGCCAACAUUUUGUGCCUCAGUCUGGCCACCUGGAAUACCCGGUUAUCCACCAGCCACAGCACGGUCACCAGCCACUGCGUUCUGCUCCUCAUUCCCCCUGUUCUCAUAGCUACCGCUGUCACCACUCUUCUUCCCCCUACAGGGGUCAGCAUGCCCACCUGGCAAUUCCCCCCCUGCUCCUAUCACGAUCUGGCUCUCCUACCCCUCAGCCGUCACCCCGCCCAUCGUCACAAGCAAGACACUCUGUCUUGUAACUGGAAGCUUCCAAACGGCGACAGUUCUACGGGGUCUCGGGCAGAGAGGGGCGUUUUCCAUUUCUGCUGACUGAGAUUUUUCAGCUGGAGAUUGAAUCUGGGGGCUUUCUGCCUGCAAAGCUGCAGACUCCAAAGAGGAGAGAAGAAAUGUAGAUUUUUGCCAGGAAGAUAAAAUCAUAGAGUUGGAAGAGACCAGAAGGGCCAUCAAGUCCAACCUCCUGCCAUGCAGGAACACACAAUCAAAGCACUCCUGACAUAUGAUCAU